AUGCGGCUUUCUUCAUCAGCAGCAAAAGGUCAAAAGUCAAAACGAACGGAGGCCUCCACGUUUCUUGCUCCCACGCUGGCAAUGGCCGCCACCCCAGCCCACGCAGCCGCCGCCGCCACCGCCGGCUGCGAAGCGGCGCCGUCCCACGGCCGAAUCGGAGUCCGUCCGGGUCCGGGUCCGGCCCCAUCGCGUCUCGGUUUCCUCGCCAAACCGUCCUCCCGGUGGGCUGCGAUCUCGCUGCCGCCGGGGCCUCGCCGCGCAGCGCCGGCGGCGGCCGCGGCCAGGGAGAGGGUUGCGGGGGAGGAGGGUCCCGUGUGGGUGGAGCUGGAGCCCAUCACCAGCGAGCAGCAGCUGGACCGGGUCCUUGCGGACGCGCAGCAGCUCGACAUCCCCAUCGUCCUGCUCUGGAUGGCAAGUUGGUGCAGAAAAUGUAUAUAUCUGAAGCCUAAGCUUGAGAAGUUGGCAGCAGAAUACCAUCCAAGAGUCCGGUUCUACUGUAUCGAUGUGAAUUGUGUUCCACAAAAGCUUGUGAACCGUGCUGGAGUAACAAAGAUGCCUUCUAUACAGCUGUGGAGCAACUCCCGGAAACAGGCGGAGGUGAUUGGUGGGCACAAAUCUUGGCUGGUGAUCGAUGAUGUCCGGAGGAUGAUCGAGCAGGAGGAAUGAUCCGGCGUGUCCUUUAGCGCAGCGAUCGUGUGCAGAUGAUGAUCAUUCAGUAUUACCACUUGCUCAUAGUCAGUGAUUAGGCCAUACAUAAGUCGGUCGUCCUUUUAUCGACAUAUUAGGAAUCAUCCAUGAUCAGAGGUUUUGAAAAAAGAAUCAUCGGUUCGUCGUGCAUAAACACUCAGGGUAGGACUCCCUGGUGGCGGAAUUAGAAAAUGAUAAAGGAAGGAAUUGGGCUCCCAGUUGCUGCAAGCAUUCCUGCGAUGUCCUUGAUGUAUCCAUGUGUGUGUAUUAACUGGAACUUGCUGUAUCAGCAAUAAUUCAAUACGGCAAGAGACUUAUUGCCUGUGUACUGACUGGCCUUGAUAUUAGCCAUUAGUUCUGGAUGGUAGCAGUGUGGUUCCUAGUAGAUUACCCAUCCAUUCAUCCAUACCUAUCUUUGUAUUAGGGUUUCCAAAAUGACACUAGUCUUGUUUACAAAUAAUACUAGCAUGUAGUAGCUUUGUUGUUGAAUUAUGAAGGGACAAAUUGUAGUCAGCUGGGAAGUGGCAGCAGGUUCCCCCCUGUUUGCUCGGUUUGCUCCUGCAUAUACUAUUUUAUUUUAAUUAUAAUAUACUAUAUACCA